AUGGUGGCGACCUUAGCUGUUUGCACCGUAGAGGAGCAGCGAGCAAUCAUAAGAUUUUUGUGGUUGGAGGGUGUGAAACCUCGUGAAGUUCAUAGAAGAAUGCUGCAACAGUAUGGAGAUGCCUGCAUUGGGGAGAGAAGAGUGUACGAGUGGGUAGAUGCGUUUAAAAAUGGGAGAACAUCAAUCCACGAUGACCAUGAUAACGCACGCCCUCACAUGGCUGCCGCGACUCUCGACACCAUUCGGAGAUUGAGAUUUCAGAUCUUACAGCAUCCCCCAUACAGCUCUGACCUUGCUCCCUCUGAUUAUCAUGUGGUUGGACCCCUGAAGGACGCUUUGAGAGGACGAAGAUUUGGGAAUGAUGACGAGGUCGAAGAAGCGGUGCAUUCCUGGCUGAAGGCACAACCAAAAACAUUUUUUUCUGAUGGAAUAAAGAAGUUGGUGCAACGGUGUGAGAAGAGUAUUGAAAACAAGGGUGAUUAUGUAGAAAAAUGA